AUGACCUCUGCAAACAUCGAUCAAACAGUUUUCAUUAAAUUUGAACAAUACGAUUUCGAUAAAGAUCAAAAUUUUCAGGCCGGCCUUCCGUCAAUUCUUGCUUCGCAUCAAAAUAAACCACAGGAAGAAUUAGAUAAACUUCAAGAGAAAGCCAAAUGGUUUUAUUUUUCAAAAGUUGUUCAAAAAUUCGAUUAUAAUGAAUAUCUAGCAUGGAAGUCAAAUAAAUCAUCUGCGUUUGGGUCAUCAAAAAACCAAAACACGUCAAGACAAGAUGUUACAACAGAUGAAACACCGCAGUAUUCGAGAACCUUUCAACAGGUGGUGGAAAUGAUACGCAAUAAUCAGCCGAUACCAGGAAUCAAGGCAAUACCUGAUAAAAUUAAUUCUGGCACUCCUUCUACUUCUACAAUAAAACCACGACCUAAGCCAUGGGAAAAAUGA